AUGACUGAUUUCUGCUCAAUAAGUGUUCUUAUUUAUGGUAUGAACGAUUUGGCUUCGUCAGUCGAGAUGGAAACUCUGAGACGAAAGCGUGUUCUUCAGACUUCAUCCAGUGCCGCAUUCUACAUCAUAUACAAAGAUCCAGGUGACGUUUACAGAAUCACGUAUAACUAUACGUUUAAUCCCUGUAGCCACUUUAAUGAACCAGAGGAUCCUCAUCAAGUCGAUGGAUUUGGAGAUGAAUGUAUCCAUGUAGCUUUGUGCAAGUUCAAUAACGACGUCAAAAGAUAUUAUUACUAUCCAUAUGGAUUACAGAAAUCUGCCAGGUUUUCAGCAAAUGUUUUGGAAAAUGAAUCCGACUCUGCCGAAGUUUAUCUUUCCUACACAGGAAGUGGAUCUGUGUCCAUGAAAAAGACGAACAUUAAGCUAAUGUGUAAUAGAUCAUUAGUGGAUCCUGAAGAUGCAAUCUUUUCUAUCCAGAAGGAUGAUGAACGGUUGGGCAUUUCUGCAGAACUCCACCAUCUGUGCUGCUGUCCAAACGCCUGUGUAAAUGGCCUACCAUCAGAACUGCCGCCGGAUUCUGCUAAGGCAGACAUUUCUAAACUCUUGGUGAUUGUAAUAGUCAACCUGGGGGUCUUACUACUGGCCAGUGGUGUAGGUGUCAUGUGUUAUGUGAAGCGAACGCACCUUCAGUUUUAUUCCAAACUACCAGGUAUACAACAGCCGGCUAUUAUUCAGUACCAGUUGGGUAGUAUUGAACAGAAAAUGGACGGCAGGAUGUCUGAUGGAGCCCGACCCUCAGCCUUCCGCGACUAUGAACUAGACAGUUCCAAAGCGGAGAAGAAGUUCCUCAUCCCAGUAUUGGACGACUGUGUUAUUCCAAGUCAGGAAUUAGAAUUGGCUCAGAGACUUGGAGGGGGUGUCUAUGGGGACACACAUGUUGGACAUUUGAAUGGUACCAGGGUUGCUGUCAGUCGAAUUACAAUCAAUAUCCAUGCUAACCAAGUCAAUUCAGAGGUGCUGACAUUUCUGAGGGAGGAAGUCUGGUUCUUGAGUCGUCAGCGACAUCGUAACAUUGUGUCGAUGAUGGGCCUGUGUGUUGACAACAAACUGCCGUACAUCAUUUCCGAGUUUGUACAUGGAGAGAGUGUGAAGUAUUUUAUACAGCAUAGAGGCACCUCUCUCACCUGGCCACUCAGGAUCAAAAUCUGUCUACAGACCUCUGAUGGCAUGGCAUACCUUCACUCUACAAAGCCAACCAUCUUACACAGAGACCUGCGCUGUGCAAAUAUUUUUAUUACUGAUAAAAGUAUUGUCAAGGUUGGAGAUUUUGGCCUAAUCAAACUUAUACAACCAUUCCGGGAGGCGUGUAAGGCGGAGGACUGUUGCUGUCAGCGUCACCAAAGUGCUUGUCCGAUGUCAGUACGAUGGACCGCCCCGGAGGUGCUACAGAAUCCAGCGUCCAAGGAAGCUGAAGGGUUCAUUACAACAAGUUCGGACGUGUUCUCCUUCGGGAUGAUCCUGUUGGAACUUAUCACCAGGGAGGAUCCGUUCGAUGAAGUGGAAUCAGAACAACAGGUGUCUGAUCUGAUACAGGAAGGGGCCGAGCCAGAACUUCCUCAGGACGUACAGAUACUGCCACAGUAUAAAACUCUAAUGCAGCAGUGCUGGAACAGCCAGCCCGAACAUAGACCCUCAUUUAAACAGGUUGCCACAAGAUUAAAAGAGCUGAUUCCACAAGCAAGAAACUUCCAGAAAGCUCUCAACACCAAAGACAAAAUCCAGAAACCUGUAACACCGACGAGUGUUGUCUGAAGUUAAAAAGAAACUUCCAGAAAGUCCUCAACACUAGAAAACAAAAUCCAGAAACCUCAUCACCAGCGAGUGUUGUCUGAAUGUAACAGAGCACAUGAUUAUAUAAAUCUAAAUCACUGCUGUCUGCAUGCACACACAAGAUUUAAAGUUUGUGUUUUACAAUUUUUUGUAUUGAUUUAUUAAAUUUUACUGUAUGUCUGUGAGCUCUUCCUUAUUCAGAACUAAUUGGUCCUCACAGACCUGGCUUGGUUUCUAUUGUAGUUCAAUAGAAAUAUGUAUUUUGGUAGGUGAUUUCAGUGCCAUCCGAUUGUUGAAUUAUUUGUUAAUACAAAUGUACAUGUAUUGUAUGUGUGCCCAUAUAUAAACAUACAACCGUUAUAGUCAGCCAUACCAGUAACACUGCCAAAUGUCGGCCAUACUAGUAGCACUGCCUAAUAUCGGCCCAUUGUUACUGUUUUACCUGCCUAUAAAUUUUUCAAAAUUUAGCAACCAAACUCCCAAUUUAAUGUUUUGAAGAUUGCGUGGUGCUUGGAAUUAUUUACCUUAGUUUUUCUCCACUUUCUAAUUGAUGCCAUUUUUUUUUUUUUUUUUUUUUGCAAUUUCUCGCUUAUGUCAUAUAAAAAUUCCCAAUUUUGUCCAUAUGGUAAUUUCCCAAAUUGACCAGGAAAAACACUGCAUAUAUAACUAAUAGAUAGCGAGUCUUCAAACUCCAAGGGUUCCACUUUUGGAUAUACACAUUUUGACGAAGUCUCAAGUCUCGGGUGCCUAUUGUGAUUGCCUUUUAUACGACACUGUGUGUCUUCUGUUGUUUACAGUUAACAUUUUAGACUUUUGAAUGACCUUAACCUACUUUCAAGGUCACAGGGCUGAGACGUGGUUAAUGUUGGCUUAAACGGAAAAGCAUCUGUCAGUGUACACAUCAAAACUCAGGUGGCCAUUAAGGCUCCUGGGUUGCUUUAUUUUCGCAAUUGAUCGGGGAAUCAAACCCAAGCCACUUAAGCGUAAUGCAAUCCUUAGAUUCACAAGGUGCUAAGUCAUAGUUAUAUACUGCUAAAUAUCUGGUACAUAUCAGCAAGAAAAAUAAUUGCAAUUUACAAAAUUUGAUUUAUUAUUGUGAUAAGCAUUUGUGAAUGAUUUAGUAAUCAACUGGGCGGUUGAUAUUGCGCCAUCAAACAGAAGAUGACCACAUGGCUGGGAUCCUAGGUGGAAUCUAGAUCUUAUUGUCUGGAAAGUGUGAUAAACAAUACACAUGUCUUUCUUUCUUGAAUGUGAAGUGCCUUGGAAUAAUUAUAAAUGAAAUAUAUUUCUAUAUAUAUUUUUAUACAUUAAGAAAACUGGUAGUAUAAUUGUAUUUGUUUAAAACUAAUCAUAACUGUUGUCAAAUGUAGCAUGUGAAUUCAUAUGUAUGUUAAACAUAUACAAUCAAGCGUUGUUAUCUUGUAUAUUUUCAUUAUAAUUUUUACCAUAAUUUGAUUGGAACUAAAUUUUUACUUAAACAGAGUAUUUGAGUUAUCAGAGUCCGAGGUAAUGAAGUUAGACUGAGAUGAUGAAGUUAGACUGAGGUAAUGAAGUUAGACUGAGAUGAUGAAGUUAGACUGAGAUGAUGAAGUUAGACUGAGAUGAUGAAGUUAGACUGUACAUAUAUUUGUAUCACUCCUUCCUGUUACAUAUGUAAAUAUGAUAUUUCUUGUAAAUGAUCAUUAAUUCUGCUAUGUUCCAGUGCCUUUGUUCCCUUUCUUUUGUUUGUACUUAAUGUACCGUAAAUAUUCGCGUAUAGUGUGUACUCGUGUAUAGUGUGUACUCUUGUAUAGUGUGUACUCGUGUAUAGUGUGUACCCGUGUAUAGUGUGUACUCGU